CGCACGCGCAACAGCCCCGGUUCGCGGCUGCCAAGAGCAGGCCCGUUCUAGCGUCGACGAGGUCUGAGUAGACGGACGACGACUGUCGACGGUUUCGUCGAAGAGAAGGAGAGGGGCCGCUCUACUGCCCGUUCAAAACCCGCAGCCAUGCUGUCGUACAAGCCGGGCGACCUGAUCGUCUCUUCGACGCCGUUCGCAUAUGUGGUAGACCCGCUGAAUGGAGCCGGCAGGGUGUGCGAUUACUGCUUCAAGAGGUGCGAGAGCCUCAAGCCCUGCGCCAGGUGUCGCGUGGCACACUACUGCAACAAGCUGUGCGAGGCGUCAGCCCUGUCCGAGCACCUGCCUGAAUGCUGCUACUUCGAGGAAGUGUUCCCCGACAUUCCAGACGUCACGGUGCGGCUCCUCACUCGAAUCACCCACAAACUGCAGAAGGAACAGAUGAAGGACUGCAAGGAAAUGGUGCAGGGACACAUGCGGACGCUCGAAGAGAUGGAGUCGCACUCGAAUGACAUCCUGAACGACGCGGUGAUGCUGCCAAAGUUCCAUGCCAGCUGGGCCACAGUCAAGUACAUUUUAGGGGAGGAAAACGUGCCGCCUCUGCUCGACGGGUUAGAAAUAUUCGGCAAGAUGGUAAUCAACAGGUUCUGCAUAACGGACAGCGACUUAAAGCCCGUCGGUCAAGGCCUGUACAUCGGGGCAUCGAUAUUCGACCAUUCUUGCGAUCCGGACGCGGCCUACGUGUUUGAAGGGACGCGUCUCACGGUCAGAGCAACCAGGAGCCUCAGCGUAAACAGCGUGCGAGAGAUAUACAUCUGCUACGUGGACAAGCUUCUUCUGAAGGAGGACAGGAUAGCGGCGCUCCAGAGGCAGUACUACUUCACUUGCAACUGUGUCUUCUGCAAGGAGGACGCGAGGGAUCCACUUACAGAAAAGUGGAGCGGCUUGACAGAGUGCGUCCGCAACCUACAGCUGGAGCUGGACAAGGCAGACAGCAAGGCCGACGUGGAGCGCAUUGCUAGCCGCUGUCGCGAGAUCUUGGAGUGCCAGUGCAAAGAGCUGCCCACCAACGACAUCGCCAAGGUGGAGACCCUGCUGCUGGGCUUCCAGUGUGGUACCAGAAUGGCAGCGCACGCCGAAGCCAUCGGCUUUGCGCUUCAGGCCAUGGAGAUCAUGAGGAGUUGCUAUGGCAUGUACAGCGCCAUUUACGGCCUUCACCUAGUGAACAUUGGAAAACUGUACAAUGAUUCCGGAGACAACGCCAGUGCAGAGAACUUCCUGCAAAUGGCAAGCUCAAGCAUCUCGAUCAGCCAUGGUACGACACAUGCGACUUAUCGGGAACUUCAGCAACUCCGGAAGCUGAACCGCAGAGGCAUUCCUGGUGGUUGUAAAUGACUGGCUGCGACAGGACAGCGCUACGCACAGAUCGACGUGCAUGCACAUUAGCAAAACAGUUUCUUACUGUGGUAGGUUGACUAAAGAAAAAGGCAGUAUACGCCAUGCCGUCAGAUCUUAGUGUGAAGACGCAGGCUUGAUAUAAAAAUCUCACGUGCGUGGUUUCCACCACGUGUCUACGUACACAUCCACUUUGGAAGCCUUGGACGUUUGGUCCCUCUUAAUUUUUUUGGCUAUUGAAAUAAAAGAAAAAUAUAGGAGA